AUGUCGCAUGUUCCACAUUUAACAAAGCCUGCUCCAGAGUUUUCAGGCACCGCUGUUGUAAAUGGUGUAUUCGAAGAGAUCAGUUUAUCGCAAUUCAAGGGCAAAUAUGUUGUAUUAUUUUUUUAUCCGUUAGAUUUUACAUUUGUUUGUCCGACUGAAAUCAUUGCAUUUUCGGACCGUGCUGACGAUUUUCGUAAAAUUGAAUGUGAACUGAUAGCUGCAUCAACAGACAGUCAAUUUUCGCACUUUGCUUGGGUGAAUACCCCUCGUAAGCAGGGCGGUUUAGGAGACAUGAACAUACCGUUAUUAUCGGAUAAAUCGAUGAAAAUCGCUAAAAGUUAUGGUGUUUUGGACGAAGAUAGUGGAGUUCCUUUUCGUGGGUUAUUCAUCAUUGAUCGAGAACAGAAUUUACGACAAGUGACCAUCAACGAUUUGCCCGUAGGACGCUCUGUGGAUGAAAUUUUACGUUUAGUGCAAGCAUUUCAAUUUACUGACGAAUUUGGGGAAGUAUGCCCAGCUGGAUGGCAACCUGGUCAAAAGUCUAUGAAACCGGAUGUUACUGAGAGUAAAAAUUACUUUAGUGAGAGCCAUUAA